AAACUGAGGAGAGAGAGAGAGAGGGUGUGGGUGGCUGGUGAGGAUCAAGAUACAACCAGUCUGGCGCAUUAAAUUCCCCUGCUCGCCACCACCACCGCGAUCCCUCUUUAUAAAUGUAUUAGCAUUGUUAUCUAUAGCACACAACUACCCAUAAUUGUAUCCUGCCCAUAAGCUUCUUUUAGUCGGGGGAAGAAGAAAUCGAUCCCGCUCAGGAGUGGUAGAGUGUAAAUGGAGACCGCAAUGUGGUUGGGUGCCGCUGCGGCAUGCGUGGCGGCAUAUAUGAUCUGGUUCUUCCGCAUGGCGGCUGGCAUGCAAGGACCGCGCGUGUGGCCGCUAGUCGGCAGCCUCCCAGGACUCGUGCAAAACGCCGAUCGCAUGCACGAGUGGAUCGCCGAGAAUCUCCGCCGGACCGGCGGGACUUACCAGACUUGCAUCUGCGCCGUUCCCCUGCUCGCCCGUCGACAGGGUCUCGUCACCGUGACGUGCGAUCCGCGAAACCUGGAACACAUCCUGAAAACUCGCUUCGACAACUAUCCCAAAGGUCCGACAUGGCACGCCGUCUUCCAUGAUCUGCUCGGUGAUGGAAUAUUUAACACCGAUGGUGAUACCUGGCUUCUCCAGCGCAAGACAGCCGCGCUCGAGUUCACCACCCGCACGCUACGUACAGCCAUGUCACGCUGGGUCUCUCGUUCCAUACAUCAGAGAUUGCUCCCAAUCCUCGACGCCGCAGUAGCCGACGGCUCCGCCGUCGAUCUCCAGGACCUCCUCCUCCGCCUCACCUUCGACAACAUCUGCGGUCUGGCUUUCGGCCGUGAUCCGGAAACAUUGGCGCCAGGGAUGCCGGAGAACGACUUCGCGACGGCUUUUGACCGCGCCACCGAGGCUAGCCUGCAGCGUUUCAUUUUGCCGGAAGUGCUGUGGAGGUUCAAAAAAUGGCUUCGGCUUGGCAUGGAAGGUACUCUGUCUCGGUCUGUCGCGCAUGUCGAUCGAUACCUCUCCGCCGUUAUCAAGGCACGAAAGUUAGAGCUGAACUCCGGUCAUGAUGACCUUCUCUCCCGUUUUAUGCGCAAAGGAUCAUAUACCGAUGACUUCCUCCAGAACGUGGCACUAAACUUUAUUCUAGCAGGCCGCGACACUUCAUCCGUGGCACUGUCCUGGUUCUUCUGGCUCGUUUCGACUCACCCUGCUGUCGAGCAGAGUAUAAAAUCCGAGCUUUACUCUGUUCUCUCCGACAGCCGCGGUUCCGACGACUGCAAAUCCUGGCUCGACUCUCCUCUUGCGUUUGAGGAGCUCGAUCGUCUCGUCUACCUCAAAGCUGCGCUUUCUGAGACGCUCAGACUGUACCCCUCUGUUCCAGAGGACUCAAAGCAUGUAGUAGCAGACGACGUACUUCCAGACAACACCUUCGUUCCGGCAGGCUCCGCUAUCACUUACUCCAUCUACUCCACCGGACGGAUGAAAUCGGUGUGGGGGGAUGACUGUCUGGAAUUCCGACCGGAACGCUGGCUCUCCGACGACGGCCGCCGGUUCGAACCGCCAGCCGAUUUCUUCAAGUUCGUGUCUUUUAACGCGGGUCCUCGCGUAUGCCUAGGCAAAGACCUCGCCUACCUUCAAAUGAAGUCCAUCGCAGCCGGCGUGCUCCUCCGCUACCGCCUCGCAGUAGUUCCCGGCCACCGCGUGGAGCAGAAGAUGUCGCUUACUCUGUUCAUGAAGCACGGUCUGAUGGUCAACAUCCGCCGUCGCGAUGACUUCUCUGCAUUCCGACCGGCGGCUGGCGUCGUCGCGGUGGCUUCCGGCGCAUGAAAGGUUGGAAUUUGAAGUAUGGCGGAAGUUGGUGGCUUCGUGUGCGUGAUUGUAGAUAGACAGUAAGUAAUUAGUA